GAGUGUGUGGGUGUGUAGUAAACAGGUUUACAGGGAUAUUUAAGAGCAGAUGUCAGAGCUGUGCUGCGACGACAAUGAUGAAGAUGAUCAACAUACUCAGUGUAGCUUUUUCCAUCACUCUUCUAGUGAGAGGGUGUGACACAGAACAGAAUGCUGUAGUGUGUGGAAGUGCCAAACUGAACACCCGUGUUGGAGGAAACAGCUCUCUCGUAUCUCCGGGUGUUUGGCCAUGGAUGGCCAGCCUGCAGUUUAACGGCAGUCACGUUUGUGGAGGAACGCUGAUUGCUGAACGGUUUGUCAUGAGCUCUGCCAGCUGCUUUACCAGAUCCACCAAUGCCUCUCACUGGACUGUGAUCCUGGGCCGUCUGAAUCAGAAUGGCUCCGACUCCACUGAGGUCUCUACAAAAGUGGUGAAUAUCACACUCAGCAGUGGUACAGGUGAAAAUGUUGCAGUCUUGCAGUUGGCUGUUGCACCAAACCUCACAAAUUUCAUUCAGCCUAUAUGUGUGGACAUGGGAGACAAUACCUUCAGCGCUAACACUCAGUGCUGGGCGGCAGGAUGGGGCUCAGGAGCAGGAGUAAGUCAGACUCUUCAGGAAAUCCAGACCUCUGUUGUGAGUUGUGGAAACUCAUCCUCAAACAACAAUAUUUGUACAAGUUCCUUGAACUUACAGGAGGGUGAUCAGGGUGGUCCGCUGAUGUGUAAGCUGGGUCAGUCAUGGAUCCAUGCUGCUGUUUUGACAUUACAGAGCAGCAUACAGACUAGUAUUUCAAGCAGCAGCAGCAGCUCUGUCACAAGCUCCAGCAACAGCACUCUCAAGACUGCUCGCGCUCAAGAUGUCCAGGUCUUCACUAAAACCUCCAGCUUUGCCUCAUUCCUGACAUCUGUUGUGGGUUCCUUCCCUACAAAAGCCACAAACUCCACAAGUUCAACUACAAGUGCAGCAGCAAACAAGCCACCCCAAGCUGCCUCUAGUGGGGCACAAGCAUCUUCUUCCUUCUGUUUUACCGUUUCAGUCCUCUUGCUGGCACUUACAGCUCUUAAAAUCUUUCAAGGCAUCAACUGAGUCUUUUGAGAUGAAUUUGAAUGUGUGUGUAAUCAUACAAUAUAAAAAUCUUUUGUGGGGCACAUAAUUCAUUUUUACUACACAAAUGUGAACAUUUAAGAUCUCUAUUGUUAUCUCACACCAUGAAGCUGCUGCCUGAUGUUCUUACACUGUACAAUUACACUGUAUGAUUUUACAAGUGCAGAGCUAAUAAUGUUUGUAACUGGAUGUUAUAGACAUUAUUAAAUAUUAUGUACAUUUACAUUGUAGCAGAUGCAGCAUGGAGAUGUUAUGCAGCUUGGCAUUUUAUGGAAAUGUCUCUUGAGUGGUUGAGUUCUAAUACUGACUAUACCGUAGCUUAACUAACAAGUACAUCAAUUUGUACCACAUUUGGGACGUUACUGUAUGUUAAAAAAAUUAAAGCGUAAAAUAGAUCCA